AUGAGAGACUUUCUUAAUGGUGUAUUAAUGGCUUGCCCUUUGCCACUUGCCUUAUCUCUCUUCUCUAAUACAGAUCCGAAUUCUUCUUUUCACACUCGGGGAAACGGUCUUCCCCUCCCACUGUGUCGGGUUCACACUGGGAACGGUCUUCCCCUCCGACCAGGGGUUCACCUGGGACGGUUCCCCCCUCCCGACUGUGUCGGGUUCACACUGGGAAACGGUCUUCCCCUCCCGACUGUGUCGGGUUCACACUGGGGAACGGUUCCCCCUCCCGACUGUGUCGGGUUCACCUGGGAGACGGUUCCUCCCGUGUCGGGUUCACACUCGGGAAACGGUCUUCCUCCCGACCGCGUCGGGGUUCACACUGGGAGACGGUCUUCCCCCUCCCGACUGCGUCGGGGUUCACACUCGGGGAAACGGUCUUCCCCCUCCCGACUGUGUCGGGGUUCACACUCGGGGAGACGGUCUUCCCCCUCCCGACUGUGUCGGGGUUCACACUCGGGGAGACGGUUCCUCCGACUGUGUCGGGUUCACACUGGGAGACGGUUUUCCCUCCCGACCGCGCCGGGUUCACUCGGGAAACGGUCCCGAUUGUGCUCGGGUUCACACUGGGAGACGGUCUUCCCUCCCGACCGUGUCGGGUUCACACUCGGGAGGAAACUGGGAGACGGUUCUUCCCUCCCUCGGGUUACACUGGGAGACGGUCUUCCCUCCCGACUGUGUCGGGUUCACACUGGGAGACGGUUCUUUCCCCCGACUGUGUCGGGUUCACACUGGGGAACGGUUCCCCUCCCGACUGUGUCGGUUCACACUGGGAACGGUCUUUCCUCCCGACCGUGUCGGGUUCACACCUGGGAAACGGUUCCCUCCCGACUGUGUCGGGUUCACUCUGGGAAACGGUCCCGACUGUGUCCCUACACUCGGGGUUCGGGUUCACACUGGGAAACGGUUCCCCCUCCCGACUGUGUCGGGUUCACACUCGUGAACUUCCCUCCCGACUGCGUCGGGGUUCACACUCGGGGAAACGGUCUUCCCCCUCCCUGGGAAACAAGGCUGUGUCGGGUUCACACUGGGAAACGGUCUUUCCCCUCCCCGACUGUGUCGGGUUCACACUGGGAAACGGUCUUCCCCCCUCCCGACCGUGUCGGGUUCACACUGGGAAACGGUCUUCCCUCCACUGCCGGGGUUCACACCGGAAACGGUUUCCUGACUGUGUCGGGGUUCACACUCAGGAAAACAUAG